AUGGCUGAAUAUGAGGACCUUGGUCACUGUAAAGAAAUAGACGAAAAUAAGGACAUGCCGGGUAUUGUGAAAUGGUACCUACCUCACCAUGCUGUUUUAAAACCGUCGAAUACUACCACCAAAUGUCGGGUAGUGUUUGAUGCUUCAGCUAAGGUCUCUGGACGCUCCCUCAACGAUGUUUUAAAAGUAGGUGCUAUUAACCAGAGCGACCUGCAAUCCAUAGUCCUUCGUUUCCGUGAGCCAUGUUAUGUUUUGUCUGCCGACAUUACAAAGAUGUAUCGGCAAAUUAUCGUCGACGAGUGUCACACACCGUUACAACGUGUGUUCUGGAGAAUUGAUCCAUCGUGUCGCCUUCGUGUGCUUGAGCUGACUACCGUCACUUAUGGCACUGCAUCCGCUCCGUUUUUGGCAACAAGAGCUCUGCUAAAGUUGGCAAUCGACGAGAGAGCCAAAUAUCCUAUGGCUGCUGACAUCAUCGAGAAGGAUUGCUACGUAGACAACGCAUUAUUCGGUUUCAAUGAUCUCAGCACGGCGUCCGCAGCACAAGAGCAGUUGGUCCAGCUGUUGUCCGCCGGUGGCUUUCACCUACAUAAGUGGUCGUCGAAUAGUCCCAAACUUUUGGAAAAGAUCCCUCAAUGUGACCGUGAGGAACUCGUCUGUAUCGGCGCAGAAGAAGCAAUCAAAACGUUGGGUUUGAUGUGGAACCCGGCGUCGGAUGAAUUAAUAUUUUCUUCGGCACCAUCGGAUGAUAAAAAGACGCCUACAAAGAGACACCUCUUGUCGGUAAUCGCACAUAUGUACGAUCCGCUUGGCUUAGUGGCACCGGUCAUCGUGAUCGGAAAACUCUUGAUGCACAGAAUCUGGAAAGCAAAACUGAAUUGGGAUGAAAGUAUCACCGGUGAGUUGAAAAAUGAAGUAGAAACUUUCCUUAGGGCCAUUGAUGGUGUUAGCCAACUUCGUAUUCCUCGUCAAAUAGUGAAUUCCGACGCCGCUGUGUUCGAGUUGCACGGCUUCGCUGAUGCUUCGAUGUACGCAUAUGGAGCGUGUGUUUAUAUACGAUCCCUUGUGCCUGAAAAAAAAAUCGAUGUUAAAUUGUUAUGCGCUAAAUCUAAAAUAGUGCCGAAGGAUGUACUUACCAUCCCUCGUAAAGAAUUGCUUGCUGCCGGUUUGUUAGUCCGGUUGGUGGAGAAAAUCCUCUCCGCACUAAACACUGCAUUAAACGAAAUAAUUUUAUGGUCUGACAACCAAAUCGUGCUUGCUUGGUUGCAGAAAAAUCCCAGUCAACUAGAUUUGUACGUUUCAAAUCGUGUGCGUGAAAUUAAAGAGAGCGGUGAACAAUUUCGAUGGAAGUAUGUUAAUACGAAUGAAAAUCCUGCAGACUUGGUGUCUCGUGGUCAAUCCGCUGAUAAGCUAUUAAGUAAUGACCUUUGGUGGAACGGCCCGAGAUUUUUACGAGACGAGAUGUACGAAAUAGAUUCUCCAGAGAAGUUAGCUGAUGAAGAUAUUCCCGAAUUGAAAUGUGUGUCCGCUGUACAAGCAGUGGUUAAUAUGGAUGUUCUACCAAUUUUCUUCAAAUAUGAAUCGUUUAAAAAAAUUGCAACGAGUGUUGGCGUACAUAUUGCGGUUUUAUGA